AAGUUGGGUGACCAAUUGAUCGAGCGGCCUUGCUGGACAGAGCGUGACCCUCAGCGAUACGUCAGUGCAGCAGUACACAGCCUCAAAAUGGCUCAGAUCGGCGGUGAAGGGGGGCAACUCCCGCCCGCCCCAGCAGGCGUUCAAGGUGCAGGUCCUCCUGUUGUGCUCACUGACAACGAUGGGACUGAAAGUAAAGAUGGAGGCAUGCUUGCGCAGGCGCUGGGGACUCUGGGUCUCUUAGAAGUGUGGAUGUUCAUCGUGUACGUUUUCGGAAACAGCGGAUUCGAACAGUUCGAAGGGCAAUCCCUUCCCUCGCGACUUACGAAGUCGAUUAUGGUUUACUAG